AUGUUCAAUGUCCCUGUAAGCACGUACAAGCUGGCGAAUAUUCAUUCGCAGGAACAUGCCCAUUUAACGCGGUCUUUUCUUUUAUUCAUUAAAACUAUUUAUUCUUUCUCGCUUUUUUCUUUCUUAUUCUCUUCCCUGUAUAUUUUCUUCUUUUUAUCCUUUUCGCUUUUAUUCAUUUUUCUACUGUUUUUUCUUUGUAACGUGAUUGUUCUUCUUUUUCUUCGUCUUUUUUUUUUAUUAUUAUUCAGCUUGAGGGUUUCUACUUGCAUUUACUUUUUUCUUUCGUUCUUUUUUUUUCUUUAUUUCUUUCUUUCUUUCUUUCUUUCUUUCUUUCUUUCUUUCUAUCUUUCUUCAUCUUUGUUUCUUUCUUUUUCUCCAACAGUCCAUUCUUCCAUUCUUUCUUUCUUUCUUUCUUUUCCUCAAACAGAUCUUUCUUUCUUCCUUUUCCUCCAACAGUCCAUCGUUUCUUUCUUUCUUUCUUUAUUUUCUUUCUUUUUUUAUUUAAUUCCUUUCUUUCUUUCUUUCUUUUCCUCAAACAGAUCUUUCUUUCUUCCUUUUCCUCCAACAGUCCAUCCUUUCUUUCUUUCUUUCUUUCUUUCUUUCUUUCUUUCUUUCUUUCUUUUCCUCAAACAUUUCUUUCUUAACCCUGUUUAUACGAGUACAAACAUAUCACACACACACAAAAACACACUUUAUCUAUCUAUCUAUCUAUCUAUCUAUCUAUCUAUCUAUCUAUCUAUCUAUCCAUGA